UUCAGCACUGUGCGCGGAAAGUCUAUUAAUCUCUAAAACUGUUUUGAAUAAGUUUACUGCAUCAUCACACUUAGAGACCUCAUUUAUAUGAAAUUCGCGUGUUUUCUCUAAGGGACGCUUUCUCUCUCUCUCUCUCUUCGAAGUUAUAAUAGAGGCAAGUCCCAUUUGAUAUGUUAUAUCUGUAUAACUAUUGACCGUUGGAUCUGUGGAUAUGACAUUGUCCUAUCUAUGUGUUCGAGCAGUGUAAAGUAGUAACGGGUAGAAGUGCGACAUUUACAUGUAAGAUAACAGAAUAACAUGGCGAUCUUAUGAUAUGGAUAUACCCCAGGUGCAAGAACAGAACUUCACAGUUCAGCUGUUGGAGUGUGAGGAUGUACAGAGCCUGGGGGCUGUCGUGAAGACCUGCCUCCACAAUGUCGUCAACAACAUAGCGAGUGGUGCUCUGUUCUACUGGGAGGAGGCAGGGAGGACUCUAUAUACGUCUGAUGUUACUGGCACCCAUGUGUGCAGCCCAUGUCCAGAGUGUAUCAGGAAUGUAUUCAGAAAGGGUCAGCACUCGGUGGUAGAUGUUUCCAGCAUUCCAGACAGCAUCCUUGAGCACCUCAACCUUUCCUCUUCCUCCACACAGAACCUCAAAGUUGGCAGCUACCCAGUACAGGAUCGGAAAUCAGGCUCAGUCCUGGCUGUUCUCUUGGUUGCUGGGCAACAUUUGGGUGAUGCAACACUGUGUGACUUACAAGUUCCAUUGAAACAGAUUGCAGCAUGCUACAACCAUAUACAGAGGACUUUUCAGUCACCAAGAAAUACAGAGGAGCGAGUCAGCCAGCAGUUAAUCAAACUGUGUGGAGAUUUAUGUGACCAGGAUGCAGCACAGUUACAGCUUAAAGUUCUCCGUUAUUUGGAGGAGGAGACGCAGGCAGAGUGCUCUUUCCUGCUGAUGGUGGUGCCAGAAACACAGGAGCUCUUCUGCCAGGUGGUUGGCAGAAGAAUUCUGCCAGAAGAAAUACGAUUUCCAGGACCAAGCAGCAGCUUUUCAACAGCCUUGGAAUCCAAACAACCUAUCACAUUAGAAGACAUUCCAAAAGAAAACAUCAAGGGCAUAGAGGAGUUGGUGUGUUGCCCACUUCGCUCCUUGCUCUGUGUUCCAGUUACCAGCAGAGCAGACAAUAACCUCAUUGCCUUGGCCUGCGUCAUCAACAAACUCAAUGCAAACAGAUUCACAGACCGAGACAUAUCCACCAUUCGCCAAUGCUUCCGCUACACUGUCACAGUGCUAACCAGCACUUUGGCGUUCCAGAACGAGCACAAGUUGAAGGUUCAAACCCAGGCCCUGCUCCAGGUUGCUAGACAUCUCUUCACAAACCUAGGUGAGUUCAAGGUCAGGAGGCUAAUCAUGGUCUUUACAUACUUGUCCAUGCAUUUGGCCGAUAUUUAUAGGCAGUUUGGUUCUGUGAUAUUGCCAUCCUACACGAUAAACAAUAAUGGUAUCGUAGCCAGGCCAGAUAUGAUGACCAGUAAAACUGUGGACAAAGCUGCAUAUGGUGACAGAAGUUUGCAUGACAAUGGGAGACCAAUAGGAAGACCUGAUGAUGAAAUCAAUCAUGAAGAGGAGACAGUCUUUAAUAUUAAAACUGAUACGGAAAAGAAUACAACCACAGAACUUAAAGGUGACAUUGUCAUUGUAGGUAAAGAUUAUUUGAAGACAAGUAGUAAUGACACUAGAUUUGAAAAGGGAUGCCUGGGAGAUGAUGAAGCUUUUCUGAAUGAAAAAGCAGAAGAAUGCCAUAUGAUUAUUGAACAGUUUAGAGGAGAAAUAAUAAAAGAUACUGAAUUCAGAAAAAGCUUGGCUUCGUUGGAAUUGGACAUUGAUAACAGUUUGCAGAGGAGUCUAAAACUUUCAAAGGGUGCAGAUGAUAGCAGUUUCCAGAGGAGUUUAGAACUGUUGAAGGGUGCAGACAAUAGCAUGGAAGAUAGAGAGCUAAAUGAAUAUCUUUGUAAAAACUGGGACACAAAUAUAUCUGAUGAUGUACAGGACAGUUCUAAUGAUUCUGUUUUUGCUGAAUCUUUUGACGAACCUUUAGAAAAAGCUUUGGAGAUAGGUGACAUCUCAAUAGAGUCACAAUAUAAAGGAGAUAAUCUGGAUCAAGCACUGGUUAUAACAAAAAAGAAAAUAGCAGCAUUUCCUGGUAUUGAAAAUGAUAGAGAAUUGGAUCAUAAUACUGAAACAACAUCAAACUUGGUAACAUUCCAUGUCCCUGACGCAGAGUCUGUUCUGGUUACUGCAUACUUGUCAGAUGACAAAGGUGAGCCCUUCCCACUACUGGAGUCUGUAUCAGAUACCCAGCUGUCAUACACUACAGCCUCCAGUGAAAGAGAUCAUGAUGUUGAUAAUGUAGAUAUGGAUGGUAAUGGAGACAGAGAGAGUAUUGAUUCAAAAAGUCCCGAUGACAAAUUCUUUGACUCCCAUGAAAGUCUUGCAGAUAGAUUUACUGGAUUGUCACUAGAGCCCAUGGAUCUCAGGCCAGAUAUUCUUGGUUUCCCACCUACAUACCGGAGCCCAAACAUAAACCGUGCAAUGAAAAAAUGUUUUAGUGAGCCACUGUUUUCACAUGAAAAGACGUAUUGCAAGGAUGAUAGUGCUGCUGCCCAUAAUGAUGCUUUUUUGCACCUUGAUACAACAAACAUGAAUGACACUGAGAUACGAAUCUACAGCAUGUCCCAUUCGGGUCAAGUAAGGUCAUGGAAAGCUAUACAUGAUGUGAUUGAGGCAUUUAGUGAACCUAAAUUGGAUGAUGCAAGCAAAGAACAGUCUGUGGUAGUGAGCCUGAGUGAUGUGGACCUGUCUGACAUUCAAGUGCCUACUGCUGUCUGUAAAACAAUCAAUUUAGAUGACCUCACAAAACUACUACGCGAGAUUAUGCAACAAGCCCGAAAUCUUACCAAUGCAGAAAGGUGCUCUGUAUUUCUCAUAGACAAUGACACAGAUGAAUUAGUAGCGAAAGUUUUCGAUGGAAUCACCACAAAUAAAAACAACGAAGUCCAAGAAGAGAUACGACUGCCAAUUUCUCAGGGUAUAGCCGGGAAAGUGGCCACCUCAGGUGAAUUGCUCAAUAUCAAAGAUGCAUACUCCCACCCCCUGUUCUACAGAGGUAUUGAUGAUACCACAGGAUUUAGAACCAGAAAUAUUCUUUGUUUUCCAAUCAAAGAUGAAAAAGGUCGAGUGUUAGGAGUAGCCCAGCUGUGUAAUAAGAAGAAUGGGCCCUGUUUUACUCAGUUCGAUGAAGAAGUAGCUACUGCUUUUGGAAUCUACUGCUGUAUCAGUAUAAGCCAUAGUUUAAUGUACAAGAAAUUGCUUGAUACACAACACAGAAAGUCACUGGCUAAUGAGCUUAUGAUCUAUCACAUGCAGGUAAGCCCAGAUGACGUAACUGGAUUGUCUUCCUGUGACAUUCCCCACCCACGAAUGAUCCAUCCUGAUUUCAUCCAGUUCUCCUACGCACCACGAACUUUGCCAGAGGACAGGACUCUGCUGGCCUGUUUAUCCAUGUUUGAGGACUUGAACCUGUUGAACCGAUGGAGAAUCAAAAGGGAGACCAUUGCCAGGUUCAUAUUGAUGGUGAGAAAAGGCUACCGUAAUCCCCCCUACCACAACUGGAUGCAUGCAUACACAGUGGCACAGUUCUGCUACCAGCUCAUACGCAACCUCAAAUUGGAAAACCAGCUUGAAGAGAUUGAAAUUUUCUCCCUGUUUGUGUCCUGUUUGUGCCAUGAUAUUGACCAUAGAGGAACAAAUAACUCAUUCCAGACAGCUUCCAAAUCUGUUUUGGCUGCCUUAUAUAGCUCUGAAGGUUCAGUGUUAGAGCGACAUCACUUCGCACAGACCAUGUGUAUUCUUAAUACAGAAGGAUGCAAUGUGUUUGAAAACCUUAGCAGCAAGGACUAUCAAACAGUGCUAGACUUGAUGAGGGAUAUCAUUCUAGCAACUGAUCUGGCACACCACUUCAAGAUCAUGAAGAAUCUUACUGAACUAGCAAACAAGGGCUAUGAUCGCACUGUGAUGAAGGACCGCAAGCAUGUGCUGUGCCUGAUGAUGACAGCCUGUGACCUCUCAGAUCAGACCCGGCCCUGGGACAACACCAAGAGAGUGGCUGCACUGAUCUACAAGGAGUUCUUCUCCCAGGGCGACAUGGAGAAGGCGCGAGGCAUCCAGCCCCACGAGAUGUACGACCGGGACAAGGCUCACAUCCCCGCAGUGCAGAUCUCCUUCCUGGACCACGUAGUACUUCCUGCCUACAGAAUUUUAGCGCGGAUGUUCAAACCGGUAGAGGAAUGUGCCGAGAGUGUAGAGCAGAACAAGCGCCACUGGGAGCGGUUAUCAGAGCUGAUUCGAGUCAAGCGGGGCGGGUCCACCUCCUGUAUGACCUUCGAGGAGGUACUGGCUAUGGAACAGGAGGAAAUUGACACAGACCAUGUUGUCCUGAAUCACGCACUCACAAACGGGGAGCAGUCAUAACUCUAGUUCAAACUUGUGCUAGGGAGAAAAUUAGUAGGGAGAAGAUAAGUUGAUGUAUUUGAAGGAACGGGGCUAUAUGGCAAUAGCUUCUUACAUUAUUAUAUUUUCGUCUGAAGUCCUAUUUAAUAGAAAUAUUUGAAUCAUAUAUACCAUGUGAAAAUCAUUUUAUUAUUGAAAUCUGGUUAUUUGAGAUACCUGUGUUAAGCAAGUUGAAACCACCGUUGAAAACACAGGUGUAAUGCCAUUAUGUUGUAUUGUGGGCAUUCAGUAUCAGUUAUUUAGCAAAACUUUUUAAAAAAAACACCCUGGUUUUGUGGCAUUCUGAAUGUCAAACCAGUAUAAUUUUAGACAAAUCAAACAUUAAAUUAACAGCAGCCAGACUUUUAGAUGUACAGAAAAUUUCCCAAAACUUUCCUUUUUGAGCUGUUUGCAUACUUUCCCAUCAAUUAGGAAUAAAUCAAGCUAGUGAGAGGGAAAGCAAAAGAACACCAUUAUGGCAGAACAAUCAGGAUGAUAACCAAGGCUAGGGAAUGCUCUGGUUCAAACUAGUGAUUGAAAUUAAACAAUUGUCGCUUUCUCAUUGAUUUUAAUUUUUUGUUGCAAUCAAAGCAUGAAUAAGGUUUGUGUCAAAGUUAUUGUUUUUUAUUUUAUUUUUAUAAGGUGAAUUGUAAAUAAUUGUCAUUGAAAAAUGUAUGUUAUGUGUUGCAAUGAAAAUUUAACUUCUUAGAUUUUUAUCAAAACCUUGUUAUGUGUUUGGGUUAUAUGAAGUAUUAACAACAGGGCACGUUUUUCAUAGUGCAUUUGUAUAAUGCUGAAACAUUUUUUUUUCAACCAUAAAAAUUAACAUUUACAAACAUAAAUUUAGAAUAACAUAUGGAUGUUUGUUAAUAGGAACUGGAAAUGAUACGAAAGGAGUGUUUUUACCAUGUUUUUGUUUAACCGUUACAUAUAAUUGCAAAAAUGAUGGGUGUCAAUUGAUUAAUACUACUUUUUUAUUUAUCCAUAUGGAGUUAAUUACAUUAAUCUGUUGGAAAUUGCUAUUUAUAAUGAGCAGUUCCCCUAUAAUUUUACAACUGAUCUGAUAAUAUGAUAUUUACUUGAUUCUUAUUCAUGCACUUGAAGAUGUAUGCUAUUGACAAUUACUGCAAAUACAUUUGUGCUAAUCUUUCUACAUUACAUUUGUUUGUUUUUAGUGUUUAUUUGCACAUUUUCUGUGCCGCAGUUUGGAAUAAAUAUAAUUUAAUUCCAAUGCAAUGACGAGUGUUAAAAUUCUACCUCCAAUGCUACAAUCUCAUAUAUCAUGUACAUAGUAUUUAUGCAUAAGUUGUGUUUAUUUAACCCUUUACCACUUAGAUACUUAUUUUUGCGUCCCAUAGAAAGUUAUAUUUAAUUAAAGACCUUUCUUACUAGUUUCAAGUUUUUAAGUCUUCAUUUCCAAUCCUUAAGUCUUCAUUUCCAAUCCUUAGAAACUGAUGAGCACCAAACAGGAUAAAAGCCAUUUUCGUUUUGCUUCCGAGUGGGAAAGGGUUAACAUAACCAGGAUAUAAAAGCAAGCAUCUAAAAAGGGUAUAUAUACCCGUAUGAGUUGAGGCAACAUAAUCAUUUUACUUACAAUCAACUGGGUAUUUUUAUACUGGUAAUCAAAAUAUUUGGAAUUGUAAUUGUUUAAACUAAGAAAAUAUUGACAAAUUUGAGGAUUGCAUUCCUUGCGGUGUUCUUGCUUGUUUUAUCAUUAUUCUGCUAACGCUUCUUUAUAACAUGUAGGCUGUUCCAAAAAUGUUUGGCUGCCACAAAAACCACCUGUAUGCAUGACUUGUAAUAGUGACCGUGUAUUCUCUGACUAGUUAGUUAUGCCAUACAGACAGGUAACUUCCAUUGUCAUAGGCAAUAUUUUAGGUUGAAUUUUGGCAUUUAACAGUUUAUAUUAUCAUGCAUGGCAUUUAAAAAAAGAAACCUAUUUAAAUCAUGUUAUAUUGCAACAUAAUAACAUUGUACAGGAUCAAAUACUUCAUAAUAUUUUUUUUUACAACACAAGACUGAAUGUGUUGGGGUCUUGUGAUCAUGUAUGGCAAUUCUUGUGUAGUUGCAUUUUUAAUGCUAAUAUAGAGUAAAGUAUUUGUGCCUGUGAUUUUUUUUUCAAUUUCGUGUUUACCGUUAUAUUGUAGAAAUAUGAUCUUUACAAUUUCAACACGAUAGAUAUUAUUAGUGUUUACAAUCAUUAGUCAUAGUUUAAUGUUUUAUAUUUUUAUUUUUAUUCUAACCCUUUUUUAUUUGCUUAGUUUUUUUAUUAAUCCACAUUAACAUUUGUUAAUGAUAUGAGUGGUACUUGGAAAUCAAAGUGCUAGAAUAUGAUAUCCAAUUGUUUGUUUUGUUUUUAUCUCACCUCAGCUUAUGGAGAGCUUUUAUGAUUGCCUUUUGUUCGUAGUUUGUCUUGCAUUGUACAUCAUAAAUGUUCAGCUGGUGAACACAUUUAUCAUCCAAUCAUUAUUAUCCUUUUUCAGGAGCUUUGUCCCAAUAAUAUUUCUGCAUUAUAUAUAGGACACUGGGUUACAUGCGUUCCAAAAAAGUUCACUAGUUUAUAUUUUAGAUAAAGCUUGUGUUCACAAGAAGUCACUUUUUGCCCAAACUUCAGGACACUUGCUCAGAAAAUUUGUUUUGAUUCUAAUUAUUUGAAGGAAAAAAUUAUAAAAGUGCCUGUUAAAAUCUUUCUUUGCCAGGAGUUUAUGCAGUUUUCGUGAAAUGGCAUAAUGAAAUAUUUUCAAACUUUGUCAAACCUAUAUUUUCUAUUAAAUUCUUGACCAAGAAAAAAUCAGUGCAAUAAGGGGUAAAAAAACACAUUAGUAGUCACAUUAAGUAUUCAAACAUUAUGAAUGCAGAUAAGUUCAGUUUAGUUUCUUUGGGUCUCAGGUGAGCGCCCCAGGGUCUUUGGGCCUCCUGUAUCUAAUAUGUGUAUUACUUUUCCACUUGUAUUUCUCACCAGUUAAUCGUUCUCUUAAUAUUUUUUUUAUAAAUUGCACAGUAUGAAUUUCAUGAUAUGCAGUUUAUUCGAGAUCACCAAAUGCUUAAAACCUCAUAUUCUAUGGUCAUGUAUUAUUUCAUGUUUUUUUUCUGAUCCUCUAACAUAUUGGUUUGUGUUCUUCCUUAGUAAAUCAUUGAUGAUAUAUUCAAAUAUUUAAGUCAAAUGUUAACAAUUGGCCUGCAUUUUUAUGUAAAUAAUUAUUUUUUAUCUCACCUCCCACCUAGGUUGAAUUUUUUAUUUGGGUCAUGUGCCUCCAUAAAGGCGGUCACCAGGUAAAAUCUUAAGAAAACCUUGUUUUCAGUCUAGAGGCCACAUCUGUAACUCAAUCUUGAUAAUUUCUUGGAAAGAAUAUCAUUAUUUGAAUUUAUGCUUUCAAAUGCAAUAACGUAACGUCUUCCAUUUGGACGAUUUUUGUUUUGAUGUGCCAGUAUAUCAUUAUCUCAGAACAACAACAAAACUUAAGAUUUAGGAGUUAAGUGUUGUAGUUUAGCAAAUCUUUACACUAUAUUACAUUUUGUUUGAAUUAUAACCAUACACUUCAAAGAUGAAGUAAAAUAGUUGCAAGCACACGGAUGUGUUAAAAAAAUAUUUCGAGAGUUGAAUGUUGCAUGUAGGUUCAUUCUAUGCCAUUUUUGUGGUUAGAACCAUAUGAUAUUUAUUCCGAAUGGUCAGUGGAUCUAUACUUAAGUCAAAAGCAAAGCAAUUGUUUGAAAGGACGCUGCAUUUUAUAUUUUAGUAAGUAAUAUUUCAAGUGUCUCUUUAUUGAUUCAUCUAUAUUUCAAGUGACUCUCUAUUUAUUCAUUGAUCACGUAUUUGCUGACAUACAUAUUUAUCAUCAUGUUUGUUAUUGGAAAUUUAUGUUAAUAAAUUGGUUAAGAAGUUUA